AUGUCGAAUCCAAUUGCUGACACAGCAGAAUACUUUGCAGACAAAGAGCGCAUCAAAAACUCGAAACCAAGCUUACGCAUAUUCCCAUCGCAAGACCAACAAGCAUCGCCCGCGACAGCAGCCAAUCUUCAAGAUCUGCUAUCUCCAGAAUCUCCAGAGAGCAGACGGCCCCCAGCACCUCAGCACAACAACCUCAGCGACUUUGAUCCAAAAGCGCAAUGGCAGAAAGUGUUGAAAAGGCUGCCCAGUCGGCAUGUUGGUAAAAGCGAUCAGGAUGGAUCUUCGUCUUCCUCCAGUGAUGCUGCUGCUGAAUACGGUAGUCAAGAUGAUGUCUAUGAGAUGAAUCGAUUUGGGAGACCCUAUCGACAAAGGAAGCGAAAGCACAAGUAUCAAAAACAGCAGUACGAUGACCAAGAUGAUAUUCUGCCCGAUGCCAAUGACAUUAGUAAAGAAGGAGGGAAUCAUGUAGAGCCUCCUGCCGAAGAGGAAUCACAAGGCAAGGACGAUGACAACUACUUUGUGAAACCGUUUGAGGGUAUUCGUGGUGAUGUACCUCACGAACCCACACCUGAUGCUCCAAUUACACCAACAAUGGAAGAUGUCAUGCAAGGAAAACAGCUAAAAAAAAAGCAGAAACAAGGCGCUGGCAGCAGCAGCAGACAAAGCAGUAUUAGCAGAGGCAGUGGUAGAAGCAGCAGCGAUAGCCAUGUUAGCGCUGACAAGGCACCUAUCAACCCAUCAGUAACAACACCACCCGCGUCACCAGAUGGAGGCAGAGCCAAGAAGCAUUGGGGCAAAACAUUGGACAAGGUGCGACUGAUUGCCAAUCUGCAUACACUACCUCAGCAAUCGAAAGCAGCUGCCAAUUCCACAUCGUCGUUAGCACCCUAUUAUCCGCCAUUGUUUGAUCCAGUGUUUAUCGCACUAUCCAAAGAUCAGCAUGGACAUCCUUGGCCACCUGUUUUACUUCCCUUUUUGAAAGUGGCCAUCACAGACUCUGAAUUAUUAACUCAAGGCAUCAAUCAAUGGGUGUUUAGAAUUGAGCUGCAAUAUGGCGACAUCAAAUGGGUGAUCAGAAGAACCAUAGCCGAGUUUGUCAGUUUGCAUUACACACUCAAGUUUAAAUCGAGCCUCAGCGACGCUGUGCCCAGUCCACCCAGCUUUCCCAGUCAACUGCAAUCGUGGCUCAACUCAGCCAAGGGUACCAUAGUAACAGAUCAUGACGAGACAUUUGAAGGCGAAAAGUACAUGAUUGCACUCAAACGACGAAAGGCGCUGACAAAGUAUCUGCAGCAAUUGUUAAUUCGAGCUCACAUGAUGGCCAAUUACGACAUUUGCGAAUUUCUGGAAAUUUCAGCUGUGAGCAUUGUAGAGGACAUGGGCUGGAAAGGCAAAGAGGGGUUUCUGGAAAACAAAGUCAAUUUUGUGAUACCCAGGUUAUGUCAUAUCGUCAAACCGCAUUUAUGGAACAAGCAGUGGGUCAUUUUGAGAGAUUCCUAUGUCGCCUUCAUCUCGGAAGUUGCGUCGACUCGUAUCAAUGAUGUGUUCCUGUUUGAUAAAUCCCUGAUUGUGCAAAACAAGAAGCCUGGUAUUUUGGGCAAGUACCAUAAUCACAUCACCAUGGAGAAUCAGUUUAGACGCAUUGAGAUCAAGGGCGGACGACGUGAGAUUGAAGAAUGGAUGGAGAGUAUCCAGCGUGUAUUGAAUGACAGUCCUUGGGUCAAGAACCACAGAUUUGGAUCGUUUGCUCCCAUCAGACACAACUCUAAAAUUCGUUGGUUUGUGGAUGGUGAAGAUCACUUUAAUGCUGUGGGUGAGGCUAUCUUGUCUGCUAAAUCAGAAAUCUACAUUGCUGAUUGGUGGCUGUCGCCGGAACUGUACCUGAGAAGACCGCCUGAGAAGAACCAAGAGUUUAGACUGGAUCGACUGCUGAAACGCAAAGCAGAGGAGGGUGUCAAGAUUUACAUUGUUGUCUACAAGGAAAUGGCUGUUGCUUUGACCAUCAACUCUGCGCACACAAAACUUUGGUUACAGGGGCUACAUAAGAAUAUCAUUGUUGUACGACAUCCUGAUCAUCGCUCUAUUGACAAUAAUGUGCUAUUCUGGUCGCACCAUGAGAAAAUUGUGGUUGUGGAUAAUCGUUUGGCAUUUUUGGGUGGGCUUGAUCUGUGCUGGGGUCGCUAUGAUUCUCAAUCACAUCGAUUAACCGAUUACCCGGCUGAGGGUCAUACAGAUGAAGUUUUUCCUGGUCAGGAUUACUCCAACCCUCGAGUCAAGGAUUUCCUCAGUGUUGCCCAAUAUGAUUUGACCUUGGUGGAUCGCAAUGUCACUCCUCGUAUGCCUUGGCACGACAUGACAGUAGGCAUGGUAGGCCCUAUUGCGCGUGAUGUGGCACGUCAUUUCAUCCAAAGAUGGAAUUUUCUCAAGGCGAGUAAAGGCAUGCAUCGUCCCACUGUCCCUUUUUUGAUGCCCAAAGGUGAAUAUGUGGCUGCUCGCGAUGAAUCUGCGUUCAAGGGCACCUGCCGCGUGCAGAUGCUGAGAAGCUCUGCGCAAUGGAGUUCUGGUAUUGAACGUGAGCAUUCCAUCUACAACGCCUAUAUGGAGUGUAUCAGUAAAUCAAAGCAUUUUGUAUACAUUGAGAAUCAAUUCUUUAUCAGUACCACUACACAAGACAAGUUACUUCGCAACAAGAUUGCUCAGGCCCUGGUGGAACGGAUCAAACGCGCUCAUGCCAAAGGAGAAAACUAUAAGGUGUUCAUUAUCAUUCCUCUUAUUCCUGCUUUUGAGGGCGAUUUAGCGACAAAGGAUGCUGCUGCUGCUCGUAAUGUCAUGCAUUUCCAAUACAUUACCAUCUCUCGUGGCGGCAACUCGAUAAUGGAAAAGCUGAGAGAAGCUGGCAUCGAGCCAUCAGAUUACAUUGGUUGGUAUAGUUUGCGUAAUUGGGACAAGCUGGUACCUCCUAAGAAGAAGUCUGCUUACAGCAGUGCCAGCCCUACUCCUUCGCCCAAGCCUGAAGCCUCUCCUGCUGCACCCAAACCUGAAAUGUCUCCUGUUGCUUCUUCCUAUGUAGACCCUUCUCCUGCUGCCUCAUCCAAUGUGGAUCCCUCUCCUCAUUCGCCUGCUGUCAUUCCAACUACUCCUUCUCCAACAGACACACCUGCUCCUUCUGAAAAGUCGAUUUGGGAUGAUGAUGAUCGUGAACACUAUGUCAGUGAAUUAGUGUAUAUUCAUGACAAGAUUUUAAUAGUGGAUGAUCGUAUUGUGUUGAUUGGCUCAGGCAAGUAA